AUGUAUAAGCAUUGUAAUUAUGAGAAUGACACUACUGCCAACCUUGUUGAGCUUUUUCCUAUUCUUCGGGUCUGGAAUAAUCAUACUUUUGGUAUUAUCAACAAAAGGAAAUCUUUUAUCAUUCGUAGGCUCGAUGGAAUUCUAAGAAAUUUGGAGAUUCGGUUGAAUUCCUUCCUGGCUAACUUGGAUAUUGAAUUGAGGCAUGAACUGGAAGAAAUCUUGGAGCUUAAAGAGCAACUUUGGUAUCAAAAGUCCAGAACUACGUGGAUUCAAGGCGGAGACCGCAACAUAAAAUUUUAUCACACUUAUGCUAUUGCAAGGGGGAGGAGGAAUAAAAUUUUAGCUCUUAAGAAUGAUGCUAGAAUUUGGAUACGAAGUGAAUCAGUUCUCAAGCGUUUGGUCACCAAGUUCUACCAAAAGCUCUUUUCUGAAGAUCAUCCUUUUAGGAAUCGACCCCAUCUUGAGCUUGUUGAGAAACAGACGCUAAGUAAAUUGUUUACUGCUGAAGAGAUAAUGAGCACAAUUUUUCAAAUGGGUCCUAAUAAGUCUCUUGAUCUUGAUGGAUUCUUAGUUGCUUUUUGUUAG